GCAGAUGUGAGCUGUACUCGAGUGAAAUCGGACCAUUUUAUUGCCUAACAACGAGAACACGAUAUGGCUGGCUUCCUAAAACACUUCAUCCUUGCCUCUCUACUCUGCUGGCUUACGGUGUCAGCAGCUUCUGGAACCCUGAAGAAGCUCACUGGCGCCCUUGGUGGAUCUGUGACCUUCCCUCUGAGUUGCACAGUAAAGCAGGGUGACACUUUUAUCUGGACCUUCAACGCAGUUUCUCUUGUUGCCUCACAACCAGCUGUGGAAGGGAAGCAAGCCACUGUCAUAGUGACCCAAACUCAUAACAAAGAAAGGAUAGUCUUUACGGAUGGAGGCUGCUCCUUGAAACUUGGCCCACUGAAGAAGGAUGACACGGGUGUCUACCGUGUGGAGAUGCAUGGUGAAUCUUCGAAGUCCCCCUUCAUCCAGGAGUAUGCACUACAUGUCUAUGAGUACCUGACAAAACCUAGAGUCACCAUGGGUCAGCAAGACAAUAAGAAUGGCACCUGUGUGACCAAUCUGACAUGUUCCGUGGAUCAGGCAGGGGAUGUGAGUUACAGCUGGAAGGUUGUAGGGCGGAUAGCCAAUGAGUCUCAUGAUGGCUCCAUCCUCCCCGUCUCCUGGAAACUGAGAGAGAGAGGCAUGACCUUCAUCUGCAUUGCCAGCAAUCCCAUCAGCACCAAUUCAUCAAGCCCCAUACUUGCCUGGAAGCUCUGUGAAGGUGCUGCCAACGGCCUGGAUUCCUUCAUGUUCUUCCUGACCUACCUGUGUGUGCCUAUCCUGUUCAUCCUUGUUGUACUGGCGUCUAUUAGGCUGAUUGCAAGGACAAAAAAACGCAAAGACACCAUUGAUGAGAUGAAGAAAGUGGGCAUCCAUCAGGAAGUUCCUAACUCCUGCCCCUAUGUGGAGGAGAGUGCAGUGUACGACACAAUCCCAUGCAUGAAUGGAAGCAAAGAGACCAGGAAAUCACCAAGGCUUGCAGAAAAUAGCAAGCUCCGUGAUCAGUGA